UACCUAUUUAUUUUAGUUUUAGUUAUAAAUUAAAAGAAAUUGAUUAAGAUGUGAUGAAUGAGCCGGGUGCGCCCUUAAAACGGAACAGUGAAUCGAGGUGAUUUUUGGUGUGGAGAUAGUUGAAAACUGUACCGACAGCUAUGUUGAGUCUACUUUUAUUAACAAUUGUAGCUGAUACAUCCACUGGCUUAAAAAGAAUUGAAUUCCAAAACCAAGUAUCAUAUGGAAACGAUGGUUUAACGAUAUCUAAAACAACAAAUCAUCUACACACAAUAUUGGAAACACAAUACACACAAAACCCGAAAUGGGUAUGGGACAAACCGGUUUCACCCUCUGAUGAUGACCAGGAAUAUAAUGACGACGAUAAAUAUGAUGAGGACAAUCAAUAUGAUGACGAUAGUCGGUAUGACGAUGACAGUCAAUACGAUGAUGAUCAACCAGGCCAAGUUUCCAAAGAUCUAAAAUACAUACCUCCGGAACGUGUGUUGAAAAUUAGUUUAGCGCUCUGGGAUAAGAUUGAGGGGAGACUCCAGGAUUUGAUUUCAAGUGCUGUGAAAAUUUCGAAGAGGGGCAUAAAGGAUUUAAGUACACGUUCAGUUGAUGUUAUGUUCACUGUCGUAAAACUGGCAACACAGCUUGCGCAGGAUUGUUUACUAGAAGAAUACGCCAGGCCGUAUCGACAAAUAGUCCGUUCGAGUUUAGUCGAAGCGGAGAGAUCGCCUCAAGUUCCUAUAUACUUGGUGUCAAAAAUGUUGAAUUCUAUUAGCAGAAACACUGAACAGAUACGAGAGCUAUUACACAUGCCUAAUGGCAAACCAAUAACAGAUCUUAGGAAACUGGAAAGAGAGAAAAACUUGGUUAUAGCUCUAGGGAUACUAGCAGUUGGUGCAUUUUCUUCAUACCCCCUCAAAAAGGCUAUCAGAGAUGAUGGUAUUACACAAUAUAUGAUGAGCCCGAAUGCUGAAGACGAACUGUAUCCGUUGGUGGUGAAAACAGCUUUAGUUUUACAACUGGUUUCGAACAGACAGACCUGCGAACUGGACCUUGUUGGUCGUAAUCAAUUGGAUGAUGAUGAUGAAGAGUCGUAUGAUGAUAGCUCUUUCGAAGCAGGAGCGUAGUUAUAUAUACCGAACAUAGGAGUGGGCAUGCACCAGUUUUAACGUUAAUUUUAACCUGCGCAGAAAAACAAAACGUCCGCCAUUUUGUCGAAACGACGCCGGCGCGCCGUUUAAAGAUAUGGUGCAUUUCAAUCAGAUUAUUUAACAAAUGUAUUUUUUGGAUUUUUGUUAAAUUUGUAAAAUUUUAUUAAUUGGGGGGAACACUGCGAACUGUUUGAAUAAAUAUUUACAAUUUAUUGAAUUAUAUAGUUGUGUAACAAUGUAUCUUUUUACACAAAGGGAUAUUCUUCAGUACCAAAAAAAUAAAGGUUAUUGGUUGCUUU